CCUAGGGUGAGAACGCCACAGGUCUCGGCUGGCUACCUUGGCCCAGGCAGAGUUGAGGCAGGCAGCUGCCUUAGCCCGUCCAGGAGCUCUGGACUCUCCCCAGAGCCUCUAUGGGAGAGUAGGUGGGGCUUGCCGGCCCACUGGGUCCACUUUCUCCUGGCUGAGGAAGAUCUGGCAGGGAUCGAGGCUGAAGGGAGUUGCUGGGAACCUGGAGAAGGCCCCGCCAAGGCAGUGACACCCUAACCCUUCCAUCCCUCCACCCUCCUCGGCAGAGUGUACCCUGGGGCUCUUUGCAUCACCCUGCGGCUUCCUUGUUUCCACCCGGCAGCCGGGGGUGGCGGAGUGAAGGGCAGAGCCAACCACCAUGGCGACACACCUCUCCCACCCCCAGCGGCGCCCUCCACUCUUGCGCCAGGCCGUCAAGAUAAGGCGCCGCAGGGUCAGAGACCUGCAGGAUCCACCGCCCCAAGCCACCCCGGAGGUCCAGGUUCAAUCCCACCACUUCUCCCCGGAGGAGCGGGACCUGCUGUAUGAGGAAGCCCUCUAUACCGUCCUGCACCGCCUGGGUCAGCCAGAGCCCAACCAUGUGAAGGAGGCCUCGGAACUGCUGUGCUAUCUGCAGGAGGCUUUCCAGGUGCAGCCCGAGGAGCACCAGCAGAUGCUACAGCGUGUCAGGGAGCUUGAGAAGCCAAUAUUUUGUCUGAAGGCAACAGUGAAACAGGCCAAGGGCAUUCUGGGCAAGGAUGUCAGCGGGUUCAGCGACCCCUAUUGCCUGCUGGGCAUCGAGCAGAAGGUUGGUGUGCCGGAGGGCAGCCCUGUGUCCCGGCGUCGGCAGAAGGCUGUGGUGAGGCACACCAUCCCUGAAGAGGAGACACAUCGCACCCAAGUCAAGACCCAGACACUUAAUCCCGUCUGGGACGAGACCUUUAUCUUGGAGUUUGAGGAUAUAACUAACGCAAGCUUUCACCUGGACAUGUGGGACCUGGACACUGUGGAGUCUGUCAGGCACAAGCCUCGGGAGCUCACGGACCUGCAUGGGCUCAGGAGGAUCUUUAAAGAAGCUCGGAAGGAUAAAGGCCAGGACGACUUUCUGGGGAAUGUGAUGCUAAGGUUGCAGGACCUGCGCUGCCGAGAGGAUCAGUGGUUCCCUCUAGAGCCCUGCACGGAGACCUACCCAGAUCGCGGCCAGUGUCACCUGCAGUUCCAAUUCAUUCACAAGCGGAGAGCCACAGUGGCCAGCCGCUCCCAGCCCAGCUACACUGUACACUUUCACCUACUGCAGCAGCUGGUGUCCCAUGAAGUCACACAGCACCAGGCCGGCGGUACCUCCUGGGACGCAUCGCUGAGUCCCCAGGCCGUCACCAUCCUCUUUCUCCACGCCACCCAGAAGGACCUGUCAGACUUCCACCAGUCCAUGGCGCAGUGGUUGGCCUACAGCCGCCUCUACCAGAGCCUGGAGUUCCCUAGCAGCUGCCUCCUGCACCCCAUCACCAGCAUAGAGUACCAGUGGAUCCAGGGCCGACUCAAAGCGGAACAGCGGGAGGAGUUGGCCACCUCCUUCACAUCCCUGUUGGCCUAUGGCCUCUCCCUCAUCCGGAAGUUCCGCUCCGUCUUUCCCCUAUCUGUCUCUGACUCCCCGUCCAGGCUGCAGUCCCUCCUCAGAGUCUUGGUCCAGAUGUGCAAGAUGAAGGCCUUUGGAGAACUGUGCCCAGACAGUGCCCCACUGCCCCAGCUGGUUUCCGAAGCCCUGCGGAUGGGCACAGUUGAAUGGUUUCACCUGAUGCAGCAACACCACCAGCCGAUGGUACAGGGCAUCUUGGAGGCUGGCAAGGCCUUGCUGAGCCUGGUACAGGACGUUAUGGGUGAUCUGUACCAGUGCCGUCGCACAUGGAACAAGAUUUUUCACAAUGUCCUCAAGAUAGACCUGUUCACCAUGGCCUUCCUGGAGCUGCAAUGGCUGGUGGCCAAGAGGGUACAGGACCACACGGCGGCGGUUGGCGACCUUGUUUCUCCAGAUGUUGGAGAGAGUCUGUUUCAGCUCUAUGUCAGCCUGAGGGAGUUCUGCCAGCUGGGCCCCUCAGACAGCCAUGAAGUCCUGGCCCUGGAUGGUUUCCACCGCUGGUUUCAGCCAGCCAUCCCUUCCUGGCUGCAGAGGACCUAUAGCGUUGCCCUGGAGCGGGUGCAGCGAGCCGUACAGAUGGACUCGCUGGUACCCCUGGGUGAACUGACCAAGCAUAGCACUUCUGCUGUGGAUCUGUCUACCUGCUUUGCCCAAAUUAGCCACACUGCCCGGCAGCUGGACUGGCCAGACCCAGAGGAGGCCUUCAUGAUCACGGUCAAGUUCGUGGAGGACACCUGCCGGCUGGCCCUGGUCUACUGCAGCCUUAUAAAGGCCCGGGCCCGAGAGCUGUCUGCGGUUCAGAAGGACCAGAGCCAGGCAGCUGACAUGCUGUGCGUGGUGGUAAAUAACGUGGAACGACUACGGUUGAUCAUCGACAAGCUGCCCACCCAACUGGCAUGGGAGGCACUGGAGCAGCGGGUCGGGGCUGUGCUGGAGCAGGGGCAGCUGCAGAACACGCUACACGCUCAGCUGCAGGGCGCCUUGGCCGGGCUGGGCCACGAGAUCCGUACCGGUGUCCGUACUCUGGCAGAGCAGUUGGAAGUGGGCAUUGCCACACACAUCCAGAAGCUCAUCAAUGCCAAGGGGUCGAUUCUGCCUGAGGAUGCCAUUCUGCCCCUGAUGAAAUUCCUGGAGGUGAAGCUUUGUUACAUGAACACCAACCUGGUCCAGGAGAACUUCAGCAGCCUCCUGACUCUACUGUGGACCCACACACUUACCGUGCUGGUGGAGGCGGCGGCUUCCCAUCAUAACUCGUCACUGGCUUCUAGCAGGCUGAAGGUCGCCCUUCAGGUAAUUGUACUAGCCGUGAGAAUAACCACCCUAGGGUGUGUGCCUGUCUUGUGUCACCUCUCCUCUCUUCCCCAGAACCUGGAGAUCUCCUUCCAUGCUGAGGGCUGUGGUCUACCACCAGAGGCCCUGCACACAGACACCUUCCUGGCUCUGCAGAGCGACCUGGAGCUGCAGGCAGCCUCCAGCCGGGAGCUCAUCCAGAAGUACUUCCGUAGCCGGAUCCAACAGCAGGCGGAAACCACUUCUGAGAGGUUGGGUGCAGUCACGGUCAAGGCGUCCUAUCGAGCCUCUGAGCAGAAGCUGCACGUGGAGCUGCUCAGUGCCUCCAGCCUGCUGCCCCUUGACUCCAAUGGUUCCAGUGACCCCUUUGUUCAGCUGACACUGGAACCUAGACAUGAAUUCCCUGAGCUGGCUCCCCGGGAGACCCAGAAGCACAAGAAGGAACUUCACCCGCUCUUUGAUGAGACCUUUGAAUUCCUGGUGCCUGCUGAGCCGUGCCAAAAAGACGGGGCGUGCCUCCUGCUCACUGUGCUGGACCACGACAGGCUGGGAGCUGAUGACCUGGAGGGAGAGGCCUUCCUACCGCUCUGCAGGGUACCUGGACUGACAGGCUGUGUGGAGUCUGGCGAAGCACCUCAGAUGCGCCUGCCUCUCACAUACCCUGCACCCAAUGGGGAUCCGAUUUUACGGCUGCUGGAGAGCCGGAAGGGUGAUCGCGAGGCCCAGGCCUUUGUGAAACUGAGGCGGCAGCGGGCCAAGCAGGCCUCCCAGCAUGCCCCCGCAACAGAGCCAUAGCAGCGGAAGCAGAGCCAGAGUCCUGAAAGUUUGGGGUUUCCCUUGCCGCAGGGAAGCCCUUCAUCCUGGUGUAACAUAGGCAGAACCAGUAGGUGGAGGGCCGAGUUCUUGACAGAACAGCCCUUGGUGAUGGAGCACCAUGACCAGGCUUUAUCCUUUCUUGUGCCAUGGCUGUGUUCUCUGCCGUAUCUCUCUGCACCCCCCCUGCCCCCAGAAAGGCUGCUUUGGUAGGUUAGCAGAGCGUCUAGGGCCAUCUGCCUUCUAGAACUGCCAGUUCCAGAGACUGGGGCGGGGCCAGACUACUAGGACCAGAGCUGUGGGCACAAACUUCAGAGGACUCUGUCAAAGCCGCCCUGGUGCAGGGAGGGGGUGGCCAUUACUGAGGGAAGUGGGAAAAAAGAGACUCUGGCUCUGAGGUGAGAGCUGGCAGGAAGGAGGGCAGGCACAGAUGGAGAGCCACAGACAGGAGAGUUUGGCUGUCUACAGAACAGCCUUCCUCCCUCUGACAACACCUGCCACCUAGAAAUGUUCUCAGUGAAAAUAAAAAUAAAACAUUGUCCACUGCC